AUGGAGGAAUGUGUAGCUGAAAUCCUAGAAGACACUGAUUGCAGUGAUGAAGCUGAUUCGUACAUUGAAAUAGAACUUGAUACUGCACCCACAUGUUACAAUCAUGAUCAGAACAAGAGCAGCAGCAUCAAGGGGAGUUCCAUAGAUGAUGAUGAUGAUGAUGAUGAUGAUGGGGAAUGCAAAGAGUACCAAUUGCGCAUAUCGAUUUCGUCAACCAUUUCUGUAUCCCAUUCAGAUGAUAAAAAAGAAAGUGUAAGGGUUCACGCUUCAGUGCCAAAGGUAGAUGCAGUUGAGGUCCCUUUAAUAUCAAUGAGUUGUUCUGCUGAUGACAGUGUAUCAUUGGAUCCAACAGUGAUACAGGCAAUUCCUCAACCAGAUAUACAAACAAAAAUAUUGAGUGCAACCCAUGUGAUCUAUGACAACGUUGACGUGCUAUGUACUAGUAAACAACCAAGCUUGACGACAACAACAAAUGGGUUUAUGAUGAACUUGUUGAUCAAGAUUAGAGGUAUAAAGAUUGGGGCACUAUUAGCAUCACUUGUGAAACCAAGACAACCCUGCCAAGUCAACAAUGGACACAAGUCAAGCAAAAAGUCCAAGACUUUUUUUCAUUGCUAUCAAAAGGGGUUGGUCAAUCCCUCAAAUGGAAGGUGCACUACAAAGAACAGAGAUAAAAGAAGGAAGAGCAGCAAGCAAUGGGAUUUGGGGCAUGAUAACAUAUGUGGCUAUUUUAGAAGCAGUAAAAAAUCCAGUGGGGUGAUGGAGAUGGAUUUGGGAGCACUUAGAGGUAUAUUCAAUGCCAUGGGAAUGAGCAUUGCUCAAAAAGGUAGCAUAUCAAAAAGGGGAAGUGGGUCAAGUUCUUGUAACACCACACCAACUCAUGAAGGAUUUUCACUAUGCACUAGUGGUGAGAACUCCAUUCAGGCAGCUGUAGCAUAUUGUAAAAGUUCAAUGGGACAAUCAUCUGAUUUCUCAUUCAGAAGUUCAUUCAGCUCUAGCCCUUCUCAAUUUGUAGCAUAUCCUGAUUAA